UCUUAUCAAUCCUUCGUCUUUUUUUUUUCUAUCUUUUUAUUUAUUCAAAAAAGAAAGAAAUAAAGGAAUGUCACCUACUGUUCUUAACAACUAUCAACACAUCAAAUUAGUUGCUUCUGAUCUUGAUGGCACUCUUUUAGGCAACUUUAAUGGUGGCACAAUGACAGAACGCACUGUCAAAUCCCUUCAAGACUUGGAAAACAAGGGCAUUCAGAUUGUUUUGGCUUCUGGUCGUCCUCCUAGAUCAUUCUUUCCCUUGGCAGCACAAGCAAAUUUGAAGCGUCCCAUCAUUAUCAGUUGUAACGGUGGGCUGGUUCUUGACAGCAAGACAAAGGAAGUGAUUAGAAAAUACUCUAUAGCCACUGAUUCUGUGCGUGAAUUGAUUAGAGAAGUAAAGACUCAUUUCGAUCCCAAAGAUAUUUUGAUUGGUGGUGAAAGUGGUGCUAGUUUCCGUUGUGAAGAAAACUAUGCUGAGAAGCGUCGUACUUGGGUUCCCAAAAACUAUGUUCGAGUAGAUGAUUUAGACAAUUUUGCUACUGAAGAACACACCAUUGAAAAGCUUAUGUUAUUGCACCGUGAAUGGGUUGCUGAAGACCUUUAUAACUACCUUAAAGCAAAUGUAUUGACUGAUUCCAAAUGGAAAGAUAUGAUUCAUUAUACUUUCUCUAGUCCUAAUUUUGUUGAAGUAUCUGCUGUUGGAGUCUGUAAAGCCACUGCUCUCAAAGAUGUUUGUGAGGAACUUGGCGUCAAGAGAGAAGAAGUGAUUGCUUUUGGAGAUAUGCCAAACGAUUGUGAAAUGAUCGAAUAUGCUGGUACAGGUGUUGCCAUGGGUAACGCUCAUCAACAAGUCAAGGAAAUUGCUGAUCUUAUCACUCUCGACAACGCCAAUGAUGGUGUUGCUGUUGUUUUAGAAGAAAUCUCUAAGCAAAUUUAAUUAUCAUAGACACAAUCAAUAGAAUAUAAAAUACAUAUAUACAUAUUCUUAACCAGAUCUAGAUAAUACAAAACAAAACUGCAAUUAGAACAAAGUUUAA